UCUCUCUCUGCUCAACACUUGUUCGUCAUAUUUUCACAAACAAAAGCCUUUCAGCUGCGACUUGACGCAGUUUUAAUAGGAAAAGCGUAGAUAAAUCAAAGUAAAGCGCUAUUAAAUUAUGGGAGCUGCAUUGGGCCUCUGUUCCGCGGCGCAGUGCGCGCUCUGUUGCACGGGCACUGCGGCAAGCAUGUGUUGCUCCGCCUGCCCCACCUGCAAGAACUCCUCCUCGUCCCGUUUCAUGUACGCCUUCAUGCUGCUAGUCGGUACAGUUCUGAGUGCAAUUGCACUCUCUCCAGGAUUACAGAAUACGCUGAAGAAGCUGCCAUUUUGCGUGAAUUCCACUUCGACUUACAGUUCGAAGACUAUAGAAACAUUUACGGGCGGCUCGCUGCAAGUGGAUUGUGAAUAUGCCUUGGGUUAUAUGGCUGUUUACCGAAUUUGCUUUGGACUCGCCUGUUUCUUCACUCUGAUGGCCAUCAUUAUGUUGGGCGUGAAGAGUUCUCGAGAUCCUCGUGCCCACAUCCAGAAUGCAUUUUGGCCCUUGAAGUUUUUGAUCUGUUUUGGUGCUUCGAUUGCGGCGAUUUUCAUACCGGAUGGUUCCUUUGGACCGGCCAUGAUGUGGGUGGGUCUAAUUGGAGGAUUGGCUUUCAUCCUGGUCCAGUUGGUCAUCAUUGUGGAUUUUGCGCAUAGCGUUGCGGAGAAUUGGAUUGAGAAUGCGGAGAACAAUCGUGGCUAUUAUUAUGCUCUGGCUGGCGUCACUUUACUCGGCUAUAUUGCCUCCUUGACGGGCAUUACUCUACUCUAUAUCUACUUUACCACUUCCACUGGCUGCGGCAUCAACAAGUUCUUUAUCUCGAUUAAUCUGAUACUCUGUUUGGUUGUCAGCAUUCUGUCUGUGUUGCCGGCGGUGCAGGAACGUUUGCCCCACUCGGGCUUGCUGCAAAGUUCGCUCGUCACUUUGUACACCAUCUACUUGACCUGGUCCGCUGUGGCCAACAAUCCGGAGAAGGCCUGCAAUCCGGGCAUGUUUGGGUUGAUGGAUGGUCUGCAUAAUGCCACCACCACAACGGUUGCACCACCCACACCCAACUCGAAGGUGACCUUUGAUACGACCAACAUUAUUGGCCUCGUCGUCUGGCUAUUGUGCAUCCUUUACAACUGCUUCAGCUCCGCCGUGGAGGUGUCCAAGAUCAACAAUGACAACAGCGAGAAACGUGUUUUAACAGAAGCUCUAUCAGAUUCAGAAUCGGGCGGCGCAGGAGAUAAACCCAGCACCGACAACGAAACCGAAGGCGUCAGCUACAAUUGGACCUCAUUUCACACAGUUCUCGUUUGCGCUUCUCUAUAUGUGAUGAUGACGCUGACCAAUUGGUAUAAGCCCCACUCGGAUAUUGAGUUGUUCAAUGGCAACGAGGCUUCCAUGUGGGUCAAAAUCAUAUCCAGCUGGCUGGGCGUCUUCAUCUACGGCUGGAGCCUAAUUGCACCCAUUGUGCUAUCCAAUCGCGACUUUAGCUAAGCAACCAGUAUCAUAUUAUACCAAUACAUACAUAUAUAUAUAAAUCUUAUAGCAGUUGGCGAGGCUUGUCGGCAGUGGAAAGGAUAAAAAUGAAAUUAGGAGCGGUGCUUAAGCUUAAUCGUUUGCCAUAAUUUAAACGCUAUGUACUCAUUAUACUUAUUCUCAGAUUAACUAUAUAUACACACUAAAUAACUGAAGCACAGUGCUCGCUGGCUAAUUACAACAUCCAUUCUCUUAAUUUGAAAUCAGAUUUGAAUACAGCAAAGGUUCAAAGGAUAUUUAAUUAAAUAUUAUAAUAAAUACCAAUCAUAAUGCAUAUAUUCAAUUAUUGCCAAAUUUUGAACCCAUCCAGAAAUGACCUCUGUUGCGAGUGAUCACUGUUUCAAUUUUAAUAAAAUCUGACCAAAGUUGAUGCUUCAA